AUGAGCUUCAGGAACGAGCAAGCGCUCUGUCGGCUGAGAAGCAUAGGGGAAGAGAAUGAUUUCGGAGUCGAGAUGCACCUGUUGGAUGACGUCUUGACGACUGCCGUGGACGCUGACACGCUCAAUCGAUCACCUGAUGACGAAUCCGAGACGAGCUUCCAUCAGGACGAUGUCAGCUCAGAGAUAUCAAAAGGCAGAUAUGGCGCGAGAGCUUCCACGGGGUCGGCAGCGACGGGCGAAAAGCAUGAAGCAACACACAUGGGGUUUGGAGGGUGGGAAGUGAAGCCAUGGUCCUUUCUCCGUGAAUGCAACGCGGAGCUUGUAACAGCGGGGUCGUCGAUGACGCGGUCCUUUGUUGAUCGAGAAACAGUGGGUUCCAGCGAAUGGAUGCGGGUCUGGAUGUCAUAUCUUGCUGUCAAAGAAACAGCCCUGAGAAAUUUGCACCUGGAUGUCUUAAAGUUGCUGGACAGUGUUCUGCAGUACUAUGGCAAGAAGAAUGAAAGCCUGUUUCUGAUGGAUCCGGUCAAGCUUGCAAACCUCUGCUCUCACGUCGAGGAAAUUUUCUUCCGAGCAGGGCAGGUAGGAAACACCAUCGCAACACUCGGGAGCUGUCUCACCACCCACAACCUGCAGAUCACCCAUGCUCUCUCCGGCAACCCCAACCUCAGGGCGCUAUGGUAA